CCGCCGGACUUCAGUCCGCAUUCAGCCGCCACCCGUGCGCCAGCCGGAGGAAUCCACUCUGCCAUUCCGCCACUCCGGGCACUUUGGUUCAGUACGUCGCGUACGCUCAGGUGCGCUUAUUACGCGCUACCAAGGUGCAAUCGUCGCGUAAAUAAACCACACACACAAAACAAAACAAUAAUAAACAAUCAAUUAAAACACUUAUAAAAAUAAAACGUGCAGUUUUCACACUUGGAGGUUAUGUAAACUACAAUAGCGAUAGAACGUGACAUGGCCACCACAUAAACCACAACUAAUUGCGACCGGCAAUUACCGGCCAACAUGCAAGACGUGAUCCGCGAGGGGUCGCUGCGUCUGCUCGCCACCGAGAGUUCGUGCGACGUGAUCAUCAGCUGCAUUGGUUUCAAACUCGUCGCGCAUAAGAUUAUCCUCUCGAUCGCGAGUCCUGUCCUGCAGGAUUUACUCCAGGAGAAUUCCACGCAGCAGCCGACCAUGUUGAUAUUUCCCGACAUUGCCGCAACGACAAUGUCGUUAAUACUUGAUUACAUCUACACCGGACACGUGACACUUUUUCUAGCGCAAGUUUCCGAGUUUUUAGCACUGAUUAAAAUGCUGCAGAUAAAAUUAGAAGAUGAUUGCGCGAAAAUAUUGGUAAAUGCUUUGGAGGAGCAGCGAUUACCGAAGGAGGAGCCGGUUAAGAAGGAAUUGGAAAUUAAGCUGAAGAAACUCGUGCCUGAUUUGAUUCCGAUCACGCGCAGUAAUCGGAUUCGCGAGCGACGCUCACGUGGACAUUUCAACAAGGUCAUUCCAAGUCCAUGGACUCCGAGGGACAAAGAAGUGUUGGAAGAUCCGAGAAGUGAUCGAUUAUUUUCGAUUUGUAAUGAUUCGAAUAAUAAUAUUGAAAGUUCUCAUCUUGCGAUACAAAAAUCACAUUACACUAAAAGUUCGACGAUAGUGUCGCCAUCUAGAAGCUCUCCAAGUUGUUUAACAUCAUUGCAACGCAGUGAAUAUCAAACUUUUACUGAAAAAUGUGAAACAAUACCGGAAAUCAUCAAAGAACGUGAUAAAAAUGCCGAAAGUGAAAAAAUCUCAUCGCCAUCAUCACCGCGCAAUAAAAAGUCAAAUAAUAAUAAUAGUAAUAACGAAAGUGAUCAACCAACGUCUGAAGUAUCUGAAAAAUCUGAAAGUUCUGAUAAAUCCAAGAAGGAAAAGCCAUUCAAAUGCGAUGAUUGCGGCAAACAGUUUAGCCAGCUGCGGAACUACAAAUAUCAUCGAUCGAUUCACGACGGAACAAAAGAAUUCUCCACCCGGUGUCCAGAAUGCGGCAAAGUCUUCAACGAUAAAGGUUACUUAAGCAGCCACAUGAAAAUCCACCGCGACCGCAAGGAGUACGCAUGUCAACACUGUCCGAAACGUUUCAAUCAGCGUGUGGCUUACAAUAUGCACUUACGCAUACACACAGGCGUGAAACCGCACGAGUGCGGCGUCUGCGGCAAGAGCUUUUCACGGAAGAUGCUCCUCAAGCAGCACCAGCGCGUCCAUACCGGAGAGCGGCCAUACACGUGCGCGGAAUGCGGAAAGAGCUUCGCGGAUCGCUCCAACAUGAGUCUACAUGCGCGAUUACACACAGGUGUAAAGCCGUAUUCAUGUACGUUGUGCCCGAAGAGUUUUACAAAGAAGCAUCAUUUAAAGACGCACAUGAAUUUCCACACCGGACUUAAACCGUACACAUGCGAAAAGUGUGGAUUGUCAUUCUCGCAGAGCAGUAAUAUGCGCACGCAUUACAAAAAGUGCAUUCUUAAGACAGUUAGUAUUAAUAACAAUAACAAUAAUAAUAAUUCGAAUAGCGGUGAGGCUGAUAAUGAUAAUACCGCCAUUGCCAGCGGAAAUAGCUGACAAAGUACUGAUUUUAUGCCAAAUAGUGUUUAGAUUUUUUUGUUUUCAGAAGAAUACUUAAUAUUUUUACGUUUGACGUUUUUUUUUUAUAUAUUUAUUUAUAUAUUAUUUAUUGUAUUCUAUUUAUUAAUAUUUAUAUGCAAAUAUUUUAUGUGACCAGUUGACAUACACAUUUAAAUUGUCAUCAUCAUCAGAUUAAUCAAUAUUAUAUGCAAUAUUUGAUUUUUAA